AUGAAUCCUGAACAAGCAAGAGGACCCAUUGAAGGCUCUUGUAGUGAUAAUCUUGAAAAAGAGUUAGUCGAACUUCAAAAACAAUAUGGGCAAGCACCAAAUGUUGAACAUCCACCACCACCUCCUCCUCCACCAGUUACAGCAACAACACAGCCUUUGGAACGAUUAUAUGAGUGUUUCCAGAAACAACACCCACCAGUGUGUGAGGGUAGUACAAAUCUGGUAGAUGUAGAAGACUUGAAGAGCUCAUUGCAAGAUAUUUUUGUGUUCAUGCAUCUGAAUGAUCAAGAGAAAGUAUCUUGUGCUGCUCAUAUGUUAAAUAAAGAUGCAAGAGUUUGGUGCAAUGCAAUAAAACAGACUAGAGACCCAACACAGAUGACCUGGGCUGAUUUUGAGGUAGAUUUUAAUGAGAAGUAUUAUAAUAGUGCUAUACUAACUGCCAAGAUGAAUGAGUUUAGCAGAUUUUACCAGGUCAAUCUAUCACUAGCAGAGUAUGCAAGAAAAUUUGAUCGUUUGGCUAAAUUUUCUCCAGAGAUGGUUCCUACUGAGACUAUCAGAGUUGUGCGUUUUAUGGAAGGACUAAAACCUGAACUAGCAAGAGAUGUUGAUAUGGGGCAUACUGGGCCUAUGACUUACUCUUAG